GUGGCCGCUAUAAAUAUAUCUUAAAUAAGCAUAAAGAUGGUCUUCAAGUAGCCUUGCAGCGUUUAAAAUUAAAUAAAAAUGUAAAAACUGUUACGGAUCUCUUACCCCCUUUUGCGACUUUGCCUUGUUACGUGCGAGUUAAUUUAUUAAAAACAACUAUUACGGCGGUGUUCGACCACUUUAAAAGUUCGGGCUUUAUCUUCAUAGAGAAUUAUUUUCAAGGGGAAUUAAAAAAGAAACAUUUUGCAAAAGACUCGCUUUUGAAUGAUCUUUUUAUACUUCCUGCGAGCGCUGAUCUGCACGAAGACUUUUUUUACAAGGAAGGUCUCAUUAUAAUUCAGGAUAAAGCCAGCUGCUUUCCUGCGCACGUGCUACGUCCGCCCAUUGGAUCUUCCGUUAUUGACGCCUGCGCAGCGCCGGGAAAUAAAACUUCCCAUCUUGCAGCUUUUAUGAACAAUACAGGGAUUAUAUAUGCUUUUGAUCUUAAUAAAAACCGUUUAAAGACUUUACGAAAGCUCCAUGCCCGCGCUGGCGUUACUUGCGUUGUCUCGAAACUUCAGAACUUUCUGGAAGUGGAUCCGUGGGACCCUCAAUAUGCUAAGGUUGGAUAUAUUUUAGUGGACCCCUCCUGUUCCGGCUCGGGGAUUGUUGGCCGGCAUAAUUUACAAACGGAUGAUAAUGAUAAUAAAAUUCAAAAAACGAACCGCUUGAAAAGAUUAUCGGCAUUUCAACUUUCUCUUCUUCUUCACGCUUUUCAAUUUCCUUCUGUACAACGCGUGUGCUACUCCACGUGCUCAAUUCAUGUAGAGGAAAACGAAUCGGUGGUGAAGAUAGCGUUGUCUCUUCAAAAAAAGUUUGUUUUGGCCCCAAUUUUACCCACGUGGCACCGGCGAGGCGAUGAAGCAGUUUUGGGGGAAGAUGCAAAAAAAGUUGUCAGAGUGUCACCUGUUGAUGGUGCUAAUGGAUUCUUUGUGGCUCUUUUUCAAAAAAAGUGAAUUUUGAAUGAAGUUAACUAUAAUUUGGAGUGAAUAUUUUAUCAAGCUAUUUCAAGUUUGGUAAAUUGCUCCCAUUUAAAUUUUUAUUAUAUAUAAAUCACUGCGGGGGCG